AUGGAAUCAAGAGAGGACAAGGCGCGCCGUAUUAACAAGGUCCGGUGUGUCGUAAAAUUGGUGGCUUUAGAGGAGCCCUUUAUUGCUCGGCUCGGUGUCGGUAAAAGAAGUUCCAGAACGCCAGGUGUAUGCACGAUGUCGAGUCGUUUUCAUCAGGGGUAUUUUGCGGGAAUCGGUCGUCAAUGUAUGAUUGAAGCGUCGGCGCGUCUGUCCAUGUGCGCGGCCUGUGUCUCGAGUGCCUUGGCCAUUACGUGCGUGACUGGAGAGAAGGUCAGUACAUCAUCAUCGCAUAUUCCAGACGAGCAAUACUUACCAGGCCAGACAAUUGCUUUCUCCAACAUCAUAGCCGCGCACAAGGGUUCAGCUGCUGCAGGUCCAUUGCCAGUAAGUUCUCCUGUUGAAGCUCCACAUCCUCGCCCUCCAGCAGCAUGA